AACCUUUACCUAACCGUCACCAACAAAUUAUUACCACAAAAUAGUCGCAAGCGGGUACGUCGUCGGUUCGCGUACGAAUUUCGGGCGCGUCGCGUUUUUCUCCUGAAUUGUUUUUGUUUUUCGAAAUUGUGCCGUUUCCGUGUUCGUUGCCUCUGUGAUAUUAGUUUUAGAUUUUAUUGUCCUUGGUUUUGGUGACCUCUCGGUUGUGUAUUCAAGGCCAUCCACUAUCCAAGGAAAGCGGUUCGAUAAAAUAAGAAAAUCGCUGAACUGAACGAUUCUAGUCUUUUCACAUGUGAAUUCUACGUGCAACUGCAUUCUUCACCUUUGCUGCAGAGGACCGACCUGCUAUGUUUUGCUGUUUCAUUAGGCGAUUUUAUUAUAGACGUUCAACCUUCACCCUAAAUACAUCUGCUGUAGGGAUUCACAUCUGCCUUUAAAACUACUACCUACAGUUGCUGAAAUUGUGGCUGUGAUGUUUGUUCGGGGUGCUUUGUGCUCGUAAUUAGUGGAUUUUUAUUGUUGCUAUUUAUUAAGUAAAAACAUGGGGAAUCAUCAUCCGUCGAAUCAUCAACCUUUAGAACGUGGGAAUGUGGGAAAAUUCGGCGAUGUGACAACGAGGAGAAGUCUUCGUUCGCCUCGUAAAAUGGAUCGAUUACGAAGAUCUUUCAGGGACUCCUUCCGGAGGCGAAAAGAAAGGAUGCCCGAAAGUUCGAAGCCGCAUCAAUGGCAGGCGGACGAGUCGGCCGUUCGAUCGGGGACGUGCACGUUUACCGUCAAAUAUUUGGGAUGCGUCGAGGUCUUCGAAUCGCGAGGGAUGCAGGUGUGCGAAGAAGCAAUAAAGGUGUUAAGGGGUUCCAGAAGACGACCUGUUCGGGCGAUUCUUCACGUCAGUGGUGACGGACUUCGUGUUGUGGAAGAAGAGACUAAAGGUCUAAUCGUAGACCAAACUAUAGAGAAAGUAUCCUUCUGUGCUCCCGACCGAAAUCACGAUCGCGGGUUUAGUUAUAUUUGUAGAGAUGGCACGACCAGAAGAUGGAUGUGCCACGGAUUUUUGGCGCUGCGAGAAUCUGGUGAGAGAUUAUCGCACGCCGUCGGCUGUGCGUUCGCCGUUUGUCUCGAAAGGAAGCAACGAAGGGAUAAAGAGUGUGCUGUGACUAUGACGUUCGAUACGAAAAAUUCGACGUUUACGAGGACCGGAUCGUUUAGGCAACACGGUUUGACGGAGAGGCUCGAGCGAGCUGUGGACGUUGGUAGUAAAGCGCCUCCCGUUAAUCCUUUUGCAAUUGAAAGACCUCAUGCCACUGCCAGUUUGCUUGCGAGGCAAGGUAGUUGUCGUGGUAUUGGGAUUAUCGGUCAAAAUUCUCCGUUUAAACGGCAGAUGUCAUUGAGAGUUAAUGAUCUGCCUAGCAAUACGGAGCGACUGAACGCCUACAGAUCGAACGGUACUACGUCGCCAACCGACCUUAAGGGCGUUUCACCAAUACCAGAGAUAUCGCCGGGAGAUUCCGUAACCGCUCUUUGCCAACAGUUAUCACAAGGUUUAAGUCAAUUAACUCACAGCAAUUCAGACGAUUUUAAUUUCAACAACCAAUUGUCUGUGAAUCAAAAUCAAAAUCAGAACAAUUUAACGGUUACUGUUACUAACACAACAAUCAAUUUCAAUAAGUCACUAACUUCAUCCCCUACACUGUCAACAACCAAUACCAGUAAUAGUUUCACGCAAUCCAUCAGCUCGACGCCCGCACCUUCUUUGGCCAAAACGAUUACGCCGGUAAAUCUCAACUUCAACCAGACCUACACUCCUGCAAAACCCUCGCCGAAUCCUAGCGUAGGCUCGAACGCGAGCCUACCGAAACCAGAUCAGUGGCUGGGACAAAUAGUAAAUUUGGCAACGCCCUCGUCGGGCGUGGACGGUAUACCGCCGAGAAGCAAGCCCAGUUUGUCGGCCCAUUCCCGCGCGAUGUCCCUAGACUCCGCCGCCACCUAUUCCAAAUCUCCGGACCCUUUCGACGCGGAAUGGGCCGCCCUGGCCGCAAGGCAAAAUACGAACAGUACCAAUCCUUUCUUAUCAAAUUCCACUUCGCCGCAGGCAUUUCAAGUUCGCCUAUAGUAUUAAGCUUCCAAAAUGUACCUAUAUGCACAACAAGUAUUAAACUAGAUGUCAAUUUAACAUAGUUAACUGUUGCAGCAGAUGUUUUUUUGGAAGCAAAUGUUCUUGCGUUUCGAAUAUAUAUUGUGCCAAUAUUAGGAAGCAAUACGCGUUCGGAUCUCCCAUAUAAAAUACCAGACACUUGGUGAAGGUUCGUUCGUUUUAUCAUAUCAUCGAUCAUUCCCAGUUUAGUUUUAGUUAUGACAAGUUUCUACUGAAAGAUGCAAUGGUCUUAUUACCAUUACAUAAUGGCUACACGUAUAUUUUUUGAAGAAAAAAGUUCGUGAAGCUACAAGUAAUGUUGGGUUCUAAAUUUUUGUAACAAUACAGGGCGUCUUUGGACAUUACCUUGCGCAUUAAGAUUAAGAUCCCACCUCAUAUUGGGCAUGCCAAAUAUGGAAGCAUAUCCCAAUCCGUAAAUCAAACAAUUUCUGAUAAAAUGCGCAACUGUUGUAUUUUUUUAAAUAGUGUUUUUCCUUUUCCCAUCCACUAAAUUUGUAUGUACCUGUGUAUUUUGAUUAAUAUUAUAUAAUAGCUUGCUCACUAUUU